UCCCGCCUCCACGCGGCUCCCAUUGGCUCCACUAACCCGAUGGCGACAACUGACAUUCCCACAGGGAGGCGGCGCCGUCAAUCACAGGAAGGCUGACGUAAUGCCCGAGGAGAAGCGGCCGGCGUUGUUACUUUGCUCUCCGCUUUCAGAUUGAGAACUGAAUAUUUUGUUUUUAGAUUCCUCCUCUGCACUUGGAUCUUUGCUCCCCGGCGGUCCUUUAGUUCGAAUGCACUUUGCCGAGAAGAGAUUGCGGAUAGCUGGAGGCUGAAGCCGGCAGGACCGGGAGCCCGGAGCCCGGGGCUGUCUGUCAUGGGGCUUGGAGUGUUGUGACACAUCGGCUACAAUUGUAUCCGCCCGCCGCCAGCUGUAACAUUGUUGCGGCUGCUUCCCGAGCCCAGCCGUCCCGUCCCGUCCCGUCCGCUCCCGGAGCUUCCCGUUUUCCCAGCGAGGGGCCGGCUGCUGUGAGUCAGAGAGAAAGCAAGAUGUCUGGGGCGUCAGUCAAAGUGGCGGUCCGUGUGAGACCCUUUAACUCCAGGGAGAUCAGCAAGGAAUCCAAAUGCAUCAUCCAGAUGCAAGGCAGCUCCACCAGUAUUAUAAACCCCAAGAAUCCAAAGGAAUCACCAAAGACUUUCAGCUUCGAUCACUCCUACUGGUCACAUACUUCGGCUGAAGAUCCAUCCUUUGCCUCGCAGAACCAAGUCUACAAUGACAUUGGGAAAGAAAUGCUGCAGCACUCCUUUGAGGGUUACAAUGUGUGUAUUUUUGCAUAUGGGCAGACUGGUGCCGGGAAAUCCUAUACAAUGAUGGGAAAACAGGAUAAAGACCAUCAAGGAAUAAUCCCACAGCUUUGUGAAGACCUCUUUGAAAAAAUAAAUGACAACAGCAAAUCCGACAUGUCCUAUUCAGUGGAGGUGAGUUACAUGGAAAUUUAUUGUGAGAGGGUUCGGGAUCUGUUGAAUCCCAAGACCAAAGGAAACCUGCGUGUUCGAGAGCACCCGCUGCUGGGGCCUUAUGUUGAAGAUCUUUCCAAGUUGGCUGUAACAUCCUACACUGACAUUGCAGAUCUCAUGGAUGCAGGGAACAAAGCCAGAACUGUGGCAGCAACAAAUAUGAACGAGACCAGUAGCAGAUCCCAUGCAGUGUUCACCAUAGUUUUUACUCAGAAGAGGCACGAUGCGGAAACUGACCUUUGUACAGAAAAGGUCAGCAAAAUUAGCCUGGUUGAUCUGGCUGGUAGUGAAAGAGCUGACUCCACCGGAGCUAAAGGAACAAGAUUAAAGGAAGGAGCAAAUAUCAACAAAUCACUCACAACGUUGGGAAAAGUCAUCUCUGCCCUUGCAGAAGUGGAUAAUGCUCCCAGUAAGAGUAAGAAGAAAAAGAAGUCUGACUUUAUUCCGUACAGAGACUCUGUACUGACGUGGCUUCUAAGAGAGAAUUUGGGUGGAAACUCACGGACAGCAAUGGUUGCUGCUCUCAGUCCAGCCGACAUCAACUAUGAUGAAACUCUCAGCACUUUAAGGUAUGCAGACCGUGCAAAGCAGAUCAAAUGCAAUGCAGUGAUUAAUGAGGAUCCAAAUGCAAAACUUAUCCGGGAGCUGAAGGAUGAAGUUACAAGAUUGAAGGACUUGCUGUGUUCUCAGGGCCUAGGAGAUAUCUUAGACAUUGAGCCAAUGACUGAUGAUUACUCUGGAAGUGGAAUCAAAUAUUUGAAGGAAAUACAGAACAGUAACCAUAAGUACAAACUAGCCUCAGGAAAUCAAAGGCCUGGCCAUUUCUCCACAGCGCCUGUGGGCUCACUAACAGCGUCACCUUCUUCGUCUUCGCUGAGCAGCCAGGCGGCUAUUCAGUCAGUGACCAGCCUGCAGGAGAGAAUAAUGUCAACUCCGGGCGGUGAAGAGGCCAUUGAACGCUUAAAGGAAUCUGAAAAGAUCAUCGCUGAGCUGAAUGAGACUUGGGAAGAGAAACUGCGGAAAACUGAAGCAAUUAGGAUGGAAAGGGAGGCUCUUUUGGCUGAAAUGGGAGUUGCAAUACGCGAGGAUGGUGGCACCUUGGGAGUCUUCUCUCCAAAAAAGACACCUCAUCUUGUGAACCUCAACGAGGAUCCGCUCAUGUCAGAGUGUCUUCUUUACUACAUCAAAGAUGGCAUCACAAGGGUUGGCCAGGCAGAGGCACAGAGACGCCAGGAUAUUGUUCUCAGUGGAGCUCACAUCAGAGAAGAACAUUGUAGCUUCAGGAGUGACAAAAAUCAAAAUGGAGAAGUUAUUGUAACUUUGGUGCCCUGUGAAGGAUCUGAAACCUAUGUGAAUGGCAAACGAGUUGCCAAUCCAGUAAAAUUGCGCUCAGGGAAUCGUAUUAUUAUGGGCAAGAAUCACGUCUUCCGAUUCAACCAUCCUGAGCAGGCACGUGCUGAACGAGAGAAGACCCCAUCUGCUGAGACCCCCGUCGAACCUGUUGAUUGGGCUUUUGCCCAGCGUGAACUUCUUGAAAAACAGGGCAUAGAUAUGAAGCAAGAGAUGGAGAAAAGACUUCAAGAAAUGGAGAUCCUUUACAAGAAAGAGAAGGAGGAGGCAGAUCUACUCUUGGAACAGCAGCGCUUGGACUAUGAAAGUAAGCUAGAAGCUUUACAGAAGCAAGUGGAAACUCGUUCACUGGCUGCAGAAACAACUGAAGAAGAAGAGGAGGAAGAGGAAGAAGUGCAUUGGACCCAACGUGACUAUGAACUGGCGGAGUGGGCAUUCAGAAAGUGGAAAUAUCACCAAUUUACAUCCUUGCGGGACUUGCUUUGGGGAAAUGCUGUCUACCUGAAGGAGGCCAAUGCUAUAAGCGUCGAGCUGAAGAAGAAGGUACAAUUCCAAUUUGUGCUGCUCACCGAUACACUAUAUUCCCCACUCCCCCCUGAAUUACUCCCUGCUGAGGCAGAAUUGGAUCGGGAAGUCCGACUGUUCCCGAGGACUGUGGUUGCAGUGGAAGUUCAGGAUCUGAAGAAUGGUGCAACACAUUAUUGGUCCUUGGAGAAACUCAAGCAGAGAUUGGAACUAAUGCGUGAAAUGUAUGAUCGUGCUGGUGAAAUGACUUCCAACACACAGGAUGAGAGCGAGAGCAUAAUGACGGGCAGUGACCCAUUCUAUGACCGCUUCCACUGGUUUAAACUCGUAGGAAGUUCCCCAAUUUUCCACGGCUGUGUGAACGAGCACCUUGCUGAUCGCACACCCUCGCCCACCUUCUCCACAGCUGAUUCUGACAUCACUGAGCUUGCUGAUGAGCAGCAAGACGAGAUCGAAGAUUUGGACGACGAAGCCUUUGUGGACGAUACUAGCUCAGAUCUGGGCAAUGAAGAGGGUUCCGACAUCUUCGGCGAUGGACAGGAUCCAUUUUAUGACCGGUCCCCCUGGUUCAUUUUAGUGGGAAGAGCAUUUGUUUACCUCAGCAAUUUGCUGUAUCCCGUGCCCCUUGUUCACAGAAUUGCUAUAGUUAGUGAGAAGGGAGAGGUCCGGGGAUUCCUCCGAGUGGGUGUACAGGCCAUCACAGCUGAUGAAGAGGCACCAGAUUAUGGGUCAGGUGUUCGCCAAUCAGGGACGGCUAAGAUCUCAUUCGAUGAUGAAUACUUCAAAGAGAGUGGCGUUUCUUCCAUGGUAAUGUCACGCUCUGGGCUAUCGCUGGAGGAGCUUAGGAUUGUGGAAGGGCAAGGUCAAAGUGCAGAGGUUGUUACCCCAUCAGAGGAGUUGAACAGAGUCAACGAGCUUGGUUUUAAAUUGGAUACAGAAUUGGACCCCAAGUUAUCCUCAGAGAAGAUUUCUGACGAUGUUGGUGAACACCUGAAGAUUGGCAGUGUUUUCACUUUCCGGGUUACAGUGUUGCAGGCCAGUGGGAUCCCACCUGAAUACGCAGACAUCUUUUGUCAGUUCAACUUUCUGCAUCGUCAUGAUGAGGGCUUUCUCCACUGAACCCUGAAGAACGGUGGCCGGGGAACACCUCUUGGUUUUUACCACGUACAGAAUAUUGCUGUUGAAGUAACAGAAUCAUUUGCCGAAUAUAUCAAGACCAAACCAAUUGUAUUUGAGGUAUUUGGACACUAUCAACAGCACCCUUAUCAUUACCAAGGGCAGGAAUUUAACAGAACGCCACAACCAGCUCGCAAAUAUUUCCCUCCUCCGAUGCCUCUAUCAAAACCAGUGCCAGCCACCAAGGUGAAUGCUGUGAGUAAGCCCAGCCGAGGGCAGUGCGUCAGCAAAUACGAUUUACUUGUCUGGUUUGAAAUCAGUGAACUGGAGCCUACAGGAGAGUAUAUCGCUGCAGUCGUGGACCAUAGUGGAGGGCUGCCAUGUCAAGGCACUUACCUGCUUCACCAGGGAAUUCAGCGCAGGAUUACAGUCACGAUUGUGCAUGAGAAGGGCAGCGAACUUCACUGGAAGGAUGUUCGAGAGCUAGUUGUUGGACGCAUCAGGAAUAAAGCAGAGGUGGAUGAAGCUGCUGUAGACGCUGUUUUGUCUUUGAAUAUUAUUUCUGCAAAGCAUAUCAAAUCUUCCAAUGAUGCUCACAGAAGUUUUUAUCGGUUCGAGGCCGUUUGGGAUAGUUCUUUACACAAUUCCCUUCUCCUAAACCGUGUGACUCCAUAUGGUGAAAGAAUCUACAUGACCCUUUCUGCGUACCUGGAGCUUGACCAUUGCAUCCAGCCAGCAGUGAUCACUAAAGACAUCUGUAUGGUCUUCUACUCCCGGGAUGCCAAGAUCUCACCUCCACGCUCCCUGCGCAACCUGUUUGGCAGUGGCUAUGCAAAGACACCUGACUGUAACCGAAUAAGUGGGAUUUAUGAGCUCAGUCUAUGUAAAAUGGCAGACACAGGGAGUCCUGGAAUGCAAAGAAGGCGAAGAAAAAUUUUAGAUACCUCAGUUGCCUACGUUAGAGGAGAGGAGAAUCUGGCCGGAUGGAGACCCCGUGGGGAUAGCCUCAUCCUGGAACACCAGUGGGAGCUGGAAAAGUUGGAUCUCUUGCAUGAGGUUGAGCGGACACGCCAUCUCCUACUGCUGCGAGAGAAGCUCAGUGAAACGGCCCCGAAAUCUCUCUGCGAUUCCAUCUCUCCGAGUAUGAGCAGUGGGACACUCAGCACCUCAACAAGCAUCUCCUCACAGAUCUCCACCACGACGUUCGAGAGUGCUGUUACCCCCAGUGAAAGCAGUGGGUAUGACUCUGCAGACAUUCAAAGUCUAGUGGACCGUGAGAAGGAACUAGCAACCAAGUGCCUGCGACUUCUAACACACACCUUCAAUAGGGAACUGAAUCAAGUCUGCAGCAGCAUCAGUGACAGUAAGCUGUCCGAUGUGAACUCUCCCAUUGGUCGUGAUGCAUCCGUGUCGAGUUUCAGCAGCAGUACACUCACCCCUUCUUCCACCUGCCCGUCACUAGCAGAUUCCAGGUGUAACUCAGUUGAUCAAAAGACUCCUGAAGCCAACUCUCGAUCAUCUAGUCCCUGCGUGGAGUUCGAUGGCUUCCCCAUGGUUACUCGAGUGGAAACUUCAUACCUGGCCAGAGCCGGGAAGAAUGAAUUCCUGAACCUUCUUCCUGAUAUCGAAGAGAUCAGAACUGGCCCCGUGGUGUCAAAGAAAGGAUACCUGCAUUUCAUGGAGCCACAGUCUAAUUCUUGGGUGAAACAUUAUGUUGCUAUUCACCGUCCAUACGUGUUCAUAUACAACAGCGAUAAGGACCCCGUGGAACGAGGCAUUCUAAAUCUGUCCACAGCUCACGUGGAAUACAGUGAAGAUCAGCAGGCAAUGCUGAAGACAGCUAAUACAUUUGCAGUGUGCACAAAACAUCGUGGAAUACUUCUGCAAGCGAGCAAUGACAAAGAUAUGUAUGAUUGGUUGUAUGCUUUUAAUCCAUUGCUGGCUGGUUCAAUCAGGUCAAAACUCGCUAGGCGACGUUCAGGGCAGCCAGCGAUGUGAAGGAAAACCUUCCACAGAGAGCAAGAAAUGACGUAGUUAUUCUGACUUGCCUUCUGAACAUUCAAGUGUUGCUCUUAACCUUAGUGAUUCUUGACCACUUCUCUUGUACAUGUAGACCUGUGGCUUAAUUCCCUGUCUAAGCACCUCUUUUUUUCUCGUUAACAAAAUGCUUUUUCUUUACAUCCGUUCCAAAUCUGGUAGUAGCAUGUUGUAAGAUAGUCGAGUGCGUGCACGAUUAACCGCCUUUUUCCAUUCCUGCUUUUUUCUCGUGUCUGUAGGACGUCCUUGUCUGUGCUACCUAUUGAACUGCAGCCUAUGAGUUGUGACUGCAUGAUGACUGCAACUGGCUUCAGGGUCUGGCAGCUGUAAGAUGAGGCAGGAAAAAGAGAGGCAGGCUCUUGUCUGAUGAGUGGUAUUUUAGGGAAGGUGUUCCUUUCAGGAACAGUGUGUAAGUUUGCGAUGUGCCCUUCUUUAUGUAAUAGUGGGACUUGUCCAGAAAUGCACGUGACUCUCAACCUUCCAAGUGACAAGAUGCCGGCGUUACUUCAGUGAUGAGUAGUUCUUUGGAGAAUAGUUAUCGUGGAUCAGGGGUAAUAUCCCGAAAUAGCCGACCUCCCUGCCACAUCGAGAGCUGAAAGUACUCCGAGAAAUCAUGCACCAAGCUGCAUUCUCGCAUACAACCAGAUGUCCUCGAAACAAAAUCGUCUCCUAAUCUGUUAAGUCACAUUAAGGUGCUUACCCAGUGCUGUCCUUUCUGUUGGAUGACUUCCAGGUAAAGCUUCCUCUUCGAAAGGAAGAGGCAAUUUAGAAAGCAGCAGGAUAAAAAGGAGGACCUUUCUUGAAGGUGCAUAUUUGUACCUGGGGCUACCUGAGUUAGCAUAUGGCAGCAGCUGUAUACAGGCUGAAUCUUGCCGUCUGGGCUCAGAAAUGUCAUGAGAUGCUCUUCAAAGUGUUGCAAUCUUGACAGUUUAACUGGAAGAAGGUUUCAUUGUGCAUUAUUCCCCUGUAUUUUCACAUUCAUUUUUUUUUCUCAAUUUUCACAACCCAUUUUUCUUGGGUGUGUGCUCAGUGAAGAAUCCUUGAAGCAUCUGCUGAAGUAUCGCUUGCCAAGUUGCCUUGUCCCUUCAACCUAACCCGGCACAUGACAAGCUGAGCACAGACCUGUUUAAAGGCAAUGGCAUUUCAGUAUUUCUCAAAUCCUUUUGCGUUUGUCCCCUUCACCAUAUCCCCAAGAGCAAUCCCACCAACUUUCAGGUUGACUGAAUCAAGUGAUAUCUGAAGAUGCUUCAUCAUUGGCUAAUGGCACUAUAAUGAUUCGAGUGAGGACAUGUAAUUUUUUCUUUUUUAAAUGGUAAAAUCAUUCAGUGUUUGGCUAUUAUGUGGCAUCCUCCCACGGGAAUGAAAUGUAUCUGGCUCAUCAAAUUAAUACUGGCUUCCCCAGGCAGGUUCAAAGACCUCCAUUCAUCGUAGGACUUAUUUUAAACCUCUGGUUGCUUUCAGGUGAGGAAAUGCAAUCAACCACCUGCAAAUGCUUCACGUGUCACUAACACUUCCCCAGUAAUGACGCAGGCAAUGGCACUGGACUUCACAGAACAUUUAUGGUCAAGUGCAGUCAACAGACCAGCACCCAUGCUUGAUAUCACUGCUGAUUAUCGUACAGUAUACAUUCACGUUUUCUUUAAAAAAAAAAUCACUGAAGGUUAUAAUUUCCAAAAGAGAGUUUGAUCAAAAGGGAUCCUGGUGAUGGUAUCGACUGGAUUUUCAUAGAACAAUUACCUGGUGACUAUAAGCUGCUUUAGUUGUUGAUCAGCACUGAUUUACUUGAGUAGAAAUGAAGGAGAUAUGUUGAACGUUUACAGAACAGUGGGGGAGGGGCCAUUUUGAUUGAAUUGUCUACUUACAGGAGUUACCGGGAUGAAUGUGGGUUUGGCAAAUCAAUUGAGAACUCGGCGGCAGCAUUUGAUUGGUGUACUUUUUACGGUUUUGUUUUAUUCCGCUAUGGGAUGACCUCGGGAGAAGGUUCGAUAUUUGCUCUGAAUACCUGAAAAAACAACUCUUGUUUAAAUCUCGAAACUGGAUUUUCAGUCUUAAUAAGCUCCCUAUUCCCUAAAUCCUAGCUUGAUUUUAUCUGCCAUCAGCUGCUGUUUUUAAAAGUUAAAUUUGUAAUAAAAAUGAUCCAUAAUAGGAAAGUUUAAGGUAAGUGCAUAUUUAUUUUAUUAGCUGAGAUGUAUCUGGGUUUCUGUCACUAGUAGUACAGCUUGAUUAAUAUGGAAUAAAUAAUGAAAUAAUGAGUUGUAUAAACCUAGUAAAUCAAAUAAUACAUAAUAUCCAUAUCCAAUAUUAAAUCCAUCACUUCUUCCAGAUAGAACAUGACUCGUGAGUAUGGACACAUCAUUGUGUCCUUAAUGUACCCUACUUGUGGACAUAGAACUGAGCCAUCGGAUCAUAGACACAUAUGGCACAGAAGGAGACUAUCUGUGUCUUUUUUUUGGUUAAAAUAAAGUGGAGCCACAGAAUCCUUGCAGGGACUAAUUCAAGCAGCAAAUUCACUUUUAUUUACAAGAUCAGCGACAUUAUGCAUUCUAUAAAAAUGUCCCCUUACCUCUGGACUCCUAAUACUACACAGUUUUAUGUUUAACUGGCCUCGAGCACUUUACGUCUAAACUGCAGAAACCUUUGUAAAAGAACGAGCGCGUGACUGAGGCCAGCAAACCUACAGAUCAUGGAGUUCACUCUUGUAAAGGUAGAAGUGCCCAAGGUCACCUUGUAGUGUAAGGAAUCGAACUUGUUAAACACAGUUUAGCACACGUAAUGCAGCUGAUCCCUUGUAAAUGAAAGCACAUUAUUUUACUUUAAAUUUAGCCCUUUUUAAGUUGUAGGUUUUUAAGUGAAGAUGUAUUUUGCUCUAUAUUUGUUAAAACCUACCACAGCUGUAUUUCUUCAUUAAAAAUAUUCAAGUCUUGAAGAAAUGAAAGGAUAGUUUUCACAUUAAAAUCUCUAAAGUUUAACAGAUGACACAAAACUAAAAGCUGGUAAAAUUUCAUUGGUUUAUCAUUCAAUAUUCAACAAUGGAAGGACGAGCACCACUGCUUAUAAUCUGUGUAGGAAUUUGCAACACGUGGACGUUGGUGUGAAAGAAGCAAGAUAAACGAAGUAACUUUGUCUUGCUGACUCAGUACAUUGGGUGCCUGAAGCUAGCCAGCCUACAGAGCGUUCAGUGGGACACACCAUGCCAGAGGCCGGGCAACCUCCAGAGCAUGGGUAACAAAAGAGUUGAUUGAUAGAAAUUACUCCACCAUAUGUUGCCUGAAAAAUAAGACUGAUCGAUUUCUAUGCACUAAGCAACUGGCUAUUGUCAAAUCAUGUCAGUGUAUUUUGGCUGCUUAUCAAGUAGUUACCAUGGGUUUGCAUUCUUCAUCUGAAGUUGACAGGUAGCAGCAGAGAUGAAUUAAAAGUGUUUGAUUAGUGAGCUGGACGUUUUCACUAAAUGCAUGAAAUUUGAACGUCUUGCACUUUUCAUCAAUGUUUCAAACUGCAUCACCAUGUAAACAGCAGUAGCUCUACUGCAAGAGUACAAGGAUAGAAAUGAAGAGCUGCAUUGAUAAUAAAUUAGACAUCCCUGCUAAUCUUGUCUGAGAGCCAGUGAUAUCCCACAGUUUACACUUGGAGAAAUAAUGUUCCCAUAUUUUAUAACCAUAUUUUUUUGUCUAUUGUAUCUUAGAUAAAUAAACUGGUUGAUAAAUUAGAGUCUGUCUUGCAUCUAGCACUAAAUGAGAUUUACCAAAUAAAGAACAACAAUAAUAAUAGAGCAUGUUCAAAAAAAGUUAUUUGAUCUUAGUGCUGCUGCAUUGGCCCAGAAAAGGCAGACAGGUGGAAUGUUAAAAAAAGACAUGAGUUAUGUCUAUCUUAUCAAACUAGUGCAAUAGAAAUCCUUUCCUUCACCUUCUAUCUGUUCCAGGUCAGGUAGAUGUACAUAUUCACAUUUUAUUAACAUUGUAAGGUCGUUUAAAUUGAAAAUCCAGUUUCACUUGGGAGCCCAGAAUCUGUUCACGGCUUAAAAGAUGCACCAAGGUUCUAUCAGAGCAAGGAUAUUCUCCCUGCACUCCCUCCCACUUUUACUGUGUUCUGUGUAAUUGUCAGUUGGUGCAUAGUGAAUGCACUAUUUAUUUUGUGAGAAUUGUUUGCGGUAAAUUGCACAUGUUUUAAGGAAGUAAUUGAUACAGAAGAGAUUUUAAAAUUGCUAUGGGAUAUUGUGUACCCUCUCAUCAUACUGCACCUUGGGGUGUAAAAUAGACAGCCACUUGGUUUCUGUGACUGCAAAGAAGAAAAUAGAAUUACAGAAUUCUAACAAUUGGCUUUCUGUUUUUCUGCUUAGCAAGAUUGCAAGUUAGCACCAUACAGCAAAUUUUUUUUGGUAACAUUGGUGUAUUUUACAUUUUAAAAAAAUGUAAACCAUCUAAACCAGCGAUCAGACCUCCACUAAUUUUUCAGCUACAUGGUAGCUGUUGAGACCACUUCAACCACACUGUUAUUUACUGGAAGUCAUGCUGAGAAGAAAUGAUUUUGUAGAUUUGAUUUUUUUUUAUUAUUAACUUGAAAUGCAACUUGUUUGAAUGAAUGAGUUACACAGUCUCCCUCAAAAUAAAGUGAGGGAGAAUGGUCACUGAAAUAGCUGCUGUUCGUAGGUUUACUGAAUGUGUUGGUAAUCAGUUUACCUGUGUGUUUUUUAAUUUUAACUUUAGUCUGUUGUGGCUGGUUAACCACAAACCAUUGUAGCUCAAGAUAAUACUUUAGUUCAAAUUGAUUUAUUGUGCUUCCUAUCAACACCUGAUCCUUCAGAGGAGUGCAUCAACACUGUAUAUUAUUUAUUAUACUUCAUAAGGGUGGCUACACAUUCAUAAUUUUUAUUUUGUAAAUAUAUGUUGAACCAAGCUUGAGGUAUAAAAACUUAAAAAUGUAAAUAUUUCAUGUAUUUGUACUAAUUAUAAUCCAUUUGCUGUAUAGCAUAGACGUGUAAAGCAGAUAUCUAAUUCUGUGUAUGGUAACCAGCGCCACUGAACUGUUUAGUGAAUGAAGUAACAAUAAAAGUACAGCCAGAGCAUAUAGAAGAUAAAA